CGAUAUUUUAAAUGUCACUCAUCUAAAGAUGGAAUUCCGAUCAAAAAAUUUUUGAAAUCCUACUAACAAAAGAAAUUUCUUUUUGAAUGGAUGCCGAACGUGAUCUGUCAAAAUUUCUGUACCAACUAUCGCGAGAAAUUGUGACGUCCCGUGACUACUCGGAUUGUAACAUAAAUAAAAUUUGCAGCAAAUAUUAUGAACAUUCAAACUAUCCAGAUAAGGAACGAUUGCGCAAGCUUGUUGCAGAUCUGAAACGAAAGCUGCAAAUUUACCAACAGGAAACGACAUCCGUCUCCCCUUCGACUAGCUUUGAUCAUGAAACAUUAUCAACCCACCAAUGCAACUGCAAUACCAGGGGACAACAAACUUCCUUCGCGGUGCAUCAAGAAAAUGAAUCGUUUUCGGUAAAAUGUGUGGGAACGCAAUCAGUUCCGUUUAUCCCACGACUAAUGGUUACAGAUGAAACCCAUUAUCAAGCUAAAUCGGCUCACUCCUUUCCAAGUAGAAAUUCCCAUAACACUGUUGCCAGCUGCCCAAGCAACGCUUGUGAAUUGUCAAAACACCAGGAGACUCCACGAUCAUCGCAAGAAUCUGAAACUCUCAUAGAGCAGAUUUUGCUAAAGCAUUCGGGUAUAAACGACACUUCUAGUGAAGUUUUGAUGCGUAUGGCAGCUAGUGAUCGUGUUCUCUACGACAACUGCAACAAGGGCCAGUGUCCACUUCAUGGGCACGACAAAUUUGCGAGCAACGUGGCUGGUCCCAGCUCAUCUUGUGCCAAUGGUGGAGCUCGUACCCAGCGCAAGACAACUUGCAACUGUCCUUUAAAGCAGUGUAAGCAUUUUGACAAAAGAAAUACGGCCUGUGGCGCUGGAGGGAUUGGGUGCAGUGCGUGCGCAAGUGAUGCACCAACUCUGAAGCAGGAACCGAUUGAACGGAAUUCAUCACGUGUUGGCUGCUGCGGUAAGAAGCGCAAGAAGAAACCAUCCUGUACUCGUAAUCCCCAGUGUAAGGGGAAAAAAUAGAAGUGUGAAUUUGAUUUGCGUUACUCAUACAGAGAUAAAGUAAAUGUUGUCA